AUGAGGAGGAAAUUAUCAACGGGCUGCAAGGGUGUCUGUGAGCCUGUGGAGCCGAGUGCUGUCUGGAUCUCAUUAAGAGUUCUCGCGGAGAGGAACACAAGCUUCAGCUCCUUAGACCUUUCAGUCCCCUGUGCGCCUCCGCUGCUGCUGGAGGGGGCUAUGGACGGACUGCGUCUUCCACCACUCAUGGAGGAGGCUCUGGACUCUACAGAUGAAAGCAGCAGUGACCUGAAAGCAGACGAGGCCAUCAUGAGCAGCCACAUCACGAUCACGACCAAGGAGAGGAACGUGCUGGAGGAGACCAGCGAGAAGGAGCUGAUGGAGAAGGAGGUGAAGGAGGAGAAGGGAGAGGGGGAGGAGGGGGACGAGGAGGAGCCCCUCUCCCAGGAGCAGGAGCUGGAGGAGCUUCGGGCCCAGGUGCUCCAACUGAUCCUGGAGCUGGAGGAGACGCGGGACACCUCCCAGAAGCACCAGGAGAGCUUCCAGGAGCUGCAGGGUCUGCUGGAGGAUGAGCGUCUGGCCAGUGCCCACCAGGCUGAGACCUUCACUCGCCAGAUACAGCGCCUGCAAGCCCAGCUGCGCUCGGUCCAGGAGGAGAUGGAGAGCCUGGAGGAGGAGAAGGAGAGCGAGCUGCGGGAGGCGCAGGAGGAGCUGCAUGCCGCCCAGGAGGAGGUGGUGCUUCUGCAGCAGGCGGCCGAGGAGGCGGCGGCCGAGCGGGAGAACGACAUCGCCUCCCUGCAGGAGGAGCUGUGCCGUCUCCGGGCCCAGAUGAUGCGCCUCCAGGACACCGCGCAGGAGUACGAGCUGGAGAUCACCACGCUGCGGGCCGAGAUCGCCAUGAAGAGCCAGCGGAGAGACGAGGAGCGCAGAGAGGGCGGCGGCGUGUGCCAGCUGAGGGAGGAGUGCAUGACUCUGAAGGAGGAAUGUCAGACCCUGAAGGACGACAACAGGCGGCUGAGCGAGAGACUGCAGCUGCUCCACAGAAUGGGCAGCAGCAGUUCUGGUAAUGUGUACAUGACCCUGAAGGAGGAGCAGGAAGAUGGAGGAGGUGGAGGUGGAGGAGGAGGUGGUGUCUCCUGCCAGACCAACUGCCGUCUGGUGGACGCCUCCAUCCAGAAGAACAUCUCCUUCGACGGCAAGCCCAUGACCCCCACUGGGUGGACCGGGGGCAUCUCGGAGAUCUUCUCCCUCAGGGACCAGCUCAAGCAGGCCGAGGAGAGGGCCUCGCAGGUGCAGAGAGAUUGUGACAGUCUAAAGAUGGAGCUGAGGGAGCUGCAGGAGCUGUAUGACACCAGCCAGCGCGAGAGGGCGGAGCUAGAGCUGGAACUGCUGCGCUGCAGAGAGGAACUCGACCGACUGGCAGAGACAGGCUUACAGAUCUCCUCUCUCUCCUCUGAGCCCCCUCUUCUCUCCGUUCCUUUCGUAGGAAUGAUUGUCAUAGUGGCCACGUUUUGGUGCUGGUUGUCUGAGCUGUCAUCCUAAAGGAGAAAAGAACGUGAGGAGCGGAGAGAAGGAGGGGAGAGAGAAGGAGCGAAGAGGAGAGAAGGAGGGGGGUAGCCAGCCAGACUGAUCCAGGCCUUCUGCAGUAUCCCGCUGCAGUGGCACCACAUGGCGCCACUCUCUCUCUAACAGCAUCCACUAGAUUUACACCCAGAUGACAUCACCUGCACUGCACAGCCCGGGAGGCCACGCUGGGACUAUCCUAUCCUCACUCAACCCCCUUCUCAACCCAAACACACAACCCAGAUCCAGGGACUAUCUUCGUUCAACCCCCUUCUCAACCCAAACUCACAACCCAACACCCACCCUACCCUCGGCGCUCACACUACCCCUUAUUACCCACUACCCCCUAUUACCCCCUGCCCACCCCACCCCCACCCCACACUACCCAUACCCUCUACUACCCCCUACUACCCCCCCUCCUCUUCUCUUUGUUUGGACCACUUGUUAUUGUUGGAACUUUGAGAACUCACAUCAUCUACUGCUUUCUUCUUCUGGGAAUCUUCUUUCUACGUGGAGAUGCUGUGGAGGAGGCGAUCUUACAUUGGGAGCUUUUCUGAACCAAAGCUGGUGGAUUUUACAGCUGGUGGAUUUUUGAACAGCCCCCGUGGGUUGCUCUGAGAUGGUUUUGUGGGGAAGGAUGCCGGUGUUUCCCUUUCAGGGAGGGGGGGUCAGUGACCGGACCGAAUUCACCCACCGGAUGAGAACGGCCUGCUUCUUUGGACAAGGAUUGGACAGACUUAACUGUUCUUUAUCUUAAUGAUCCAUCUCUCUCUCUCUCUCUCUCUCUCUCUCUCUCUCUCUCUCUCUCUCUCUCUCUCUCUCUCUCUCUCUUGAUAUUAUGUCAUGUCCUCAUACAGUAUGCCUUGUCUUACUGUGGUAUAGUCUAAAGCAUUAGAAGCUUCAUAUAUAAAUAAGUAUAUCUAUAAUUUAUUUAACUAUUUAAUUUGACUUGUACAUACGGUAGUAAUUAUAUUUUUGUGUCGAUAUUGUGUUGUUU